CGUCAAAAUGGUCAACGAUUCUAAAUCGAAUAAUGACUCUUCCGCCCCAUUUUCCAGCUACCAACAUGAAGUCUACGUAGCCGGCACGAAAGGCAUCAAACCCAUCAUGACAACGAACCCCAACCUCUGGGAAGCCGCGGCAAAGCAAGCGAUGGAGCCCAUGAACUUCGACUACGCCAAGGGAGGAGCUGGGGCUGGCGAGACGAUCAGGAAAAACCGCGAAGCGUUUGAUAAAUGGAGCAUCAUUCCCCGGAUGGUGAGGUCGAAUACCAAGCGGUCUCUUAAAGUGAAUGUUCUUGGUCAGGAAUGGCCGGCUCCUGUGGCUAUUGCGCCUGUUGGUGUGAAUAAGAUCUUUCAUCCCGAUGGAGAGAAAGGAGUCGCCCACGCAGCCGGUAAAGUGGGCAUCCCAUACGUGCUCUCCACCUUCGCAUCGGAAAGCCCUGAAGCCGUCGCUCAAGCCCAGGAUGAAGCGGCAGGCCAUGAUAAAAGCAUUCGCUGGCUCCAACUCUACUGGCCCCAAUCCGUCGACCACGACGUGACACGGUCUAUUCUGCGUCGCGCUAAAGCAGAACGCUACACAGCCCUCGUCAUCACACUGGACAUCUUCUCUAUGAGUUGGCGUCCCAUGGACCUCGAUAAUGCCUACCUUCCCCUCUACAAAGGCUAUAGUACCGCUCUCGGGUUUACCGAUCCGGUCUUCCGACGUAAAUUCGUAGAAAGGUACGGCCACGAGGCAGAUGAGGAUAUCCUCAAGGGCGCAUUCGAGUGGGAGAAUACUAUCUUCCCCAAUCUCGCACAUACAUGGUCGGAGCUCGAGUUCCUGCGUAAGGAGUGGGAUGGCCAUAUACUUGUCAAGGGUAUACAGACUGCAACUGAUGCUGAAAUGGCUGUGCAAGCCGGCGUGGACGGUAUUAUUGUCUCCAACCACGGUGGGAGACAGUAUGAUGGCGCAUAUGGUUCUCUGGACGCGUUGCGAGAGAUUGCAGAGGCAGUGGGAGAUCGCGUUGACGUUCUGUUCGACAGUGGGAUCCGUACUGGUGCAGACGUGAUGAAAGCUCUUGCACUGGGUGCUAAAGCUGUGUUUGUUGGUCGACCUGUUAUUUAUGGACUGGGGGCAAAGGGGAAAGAGGGUGCGUUGCAUGUGCUUCGUUGUCUUUUGGCAGAUUUGGAGAUCAACCUUGCUAUUACUGGGGUUCAUAAUGUGGUGGAUUUGAAGCCGAGUGAUUUGCGGGGACCUCACUUCAAGGCGUCUCUGUAG